CCUCUCCCUCAGACAACUCCUCCCUCCUCUUCCCACCCACCCACGCUUUUCAGUCGAGGCCCACUGUUGGCUGGGAUCACGUGACCCGCCGAAUGCGUACGCGCCGGGGCCAGGAGUGAAGAUGGCGGACGAGAGCGCGGACGGGGAUUCGGAUCGGAGCAGCCAAGGCUGGGCGGGCGGGGACACGUUUUACGCCAUGGAGGGUUUGCAGGCGACCCUGCAGCACCUCGAAGCCACGUUGAGGCAGCGAGACAUCUCGGAGGCCUCGUCCACCGAGUACUGCGACAACUUCUGUCAGGCUCUGGUGCACUACGCCGGGAGUCGGAACUCUGUAGAGCACGGACUCACACUGCUGGAUGUCUACUGCCUCUCAAUCAACUGCUUUGCAUCAGCGAGGCCGCACCUGGCGUCCAGCUCAUCCAGCGUCGCCCUCGUUCUGAAGAGACUCGCACUGAGCUGCUUUGAGUUGUUUCUGUCCGUUCCUUCGAAUGAGAUCCCAUGUGAAGCCUGGCAGCAGUUUAACGGCUCUGUCCAGGCGGCGCAUGAAGCCAUGCUGGAGUAUGGGAGUACAGACCUCCAGGCGCUGGUACAGAUCACUGGAGAGGGUGGGGCAUGGGGUAACCCUGCCCUCGUUUCCCUCCUCACAGAGCAGCCUACAGAAGCUGAUAAAUUAAACGCCUACCUGGGUCUGGAGGGAGGGGACUUUUUGGAGAUGAGGAUCAAGCAUCUGGAGAAAGUCGGUGAGGUCGAGAAGGCCCUGAUCCUCACCAAAGCCUGUGGCAACUGCAGCUUGUUGCCCAAUCAGGCCACAUUUCGCCAAAAUUAUGUCACACAGCUCUGCCAACAACUGCCCAGCGAGGAGGCAAUUCUGCAGAUUUCCAGACUGGACGGCAAGGAUGUUUUAGAGAUCAUUUGCAACAUGGAGACAGAAGGUGAUGAGAACACGGCCUUCAUCCUUUGUACCACGUACUUGACGCAGCAGCUGCAGAAAGGAAACCUGUACUGCUCCUGGGAGCUGACAUUGUUUUGGAGUAAGCUGCAGAGGAGGCUUGACUGUUCCCUCGACUCGUUCCUCGAACGCUGCCUCCAAUUUGGGGCUAUAGCAAAGAUUGCCCACCAUCUGCUGUUCCUUAUUCGAGUAAUCCAAACUGAGGUAAUGCACCUUGGUCUGGCAGUGUCUGUUGAACUUUGUGUGAAAGCCCUUCAGCUGUUAAGGCAAGAGUAUCCAGAAACCAAAACCAUUGUCUGCAAAAAUGUGGCCUGUCUCCUCCCGGAUGAUUUGGAGGUGCUGCGAGCAUGCCAGCUGACCGAGUUCUUUUUAAGCCCCUCUCCAGAGGUGUUUGCAGGCCUCGAGGAGCUCUACAAGCGUCCGGAUCAAAAGUAUGACGAGGAAAACGCUAUAAUCCCAAAUUCAUUACGGUGUGAACUGCUGCUUGCACUCAAAGCCCACUGGCCAUGCGACCCAGAGUUUUGGGAUUGGAAGACUUUAAAGUGCUAUUGUAUGAAGUUGCUUGGACUGGAACUCGAGGAAGACGAUAGUCCUGUGUUGGAAAACAUCAACAGUGUCACGACUGGGAUAAACAGCGAGAAAGAACUAGAUGAUGAUGAUGAUGAUGAUGAUGAUGAUCACGAGGUUGAAGAAUACAGCAGUUCUGACGAGGCGAACGAGCAUGACAAGGAAGAUGAAAAACGAAAAAGCUCUAGAGAUCUUCUUUGGACUUCGGAAAGAUCCAAAAGGUGGCUUCAGAACAAGGUGCGUUGUGAGAUAUGCCAGAAGGAUGUGAUCGAGUCACGGCUGUGUCAUCACGCCAGAAAGCAUGUGGAGAAUGGCGUGUGGAAGUGUCCUGUGUGCCUGCAAAAUUGCGGGAGCAAAUCCGAAUUUGUGCCACAUACCAAAAAACACCUCCAAAUGCCUGCGUGCCAUCUGAAAAGAAAGAAAGUUAAAAACAAGGUGAAAGCCAAACAAACGCUGGAAACGGACGUAUAUCAUUUGAAAGAGUUGGAACCUGGUGAGCUGCGUGUGGACCCAUUUUGUGGUGGGCCAGAGCACGCCGUAGAGCCACCUGCCGUAGUGCCUAAUAACGAAGCGGAUGAAGAUUACAUCACAUUUGAUUAUAUCAACAUUCACUAUAAGUUACAGGAUCGCGAGGUUUACAUAUGCCCUGCCACCGACUGUUCAAAAACGUUCAAGCUUUUCAAAUAUCUGGGCGUUCACUUGAGGAACGAGCACGAGGAGACGGACCCGAACGUAAAACAUUACGUCGAGAUGAGCAAUCGGCGCGAGAAGUGCACGUUCUGUCGGCGAACGUUCAUAACUGCGUAUCACAACCAGAAGCACCGGCGCAUACAUUAUGAAGAUUGUCCUUACACGUGCGUAGUUGCAGGUUGCAACGCUCGCUUCGAGUCAAUCAAUCAGCUCAUCAUGCACAAGCACAGACAUGGCUUCCGGCUCUCCUACCACUGUGAGCUGAACGGCUGCAGCCUCUCCUUCUGUGAUCUGGGGCAGUUAUACCACCACGAGGCGCAGCACUUUCGAGAUGCGGCGUACACCUGCCCCAGCCCGGGCUGCAAGAAGUUUUACUACUCUCGGCAGGAAUUUCUAAAACAUACAGACACUCAUGGCAUCACCUUCACAGAAAAGGACUUUGAGGCUCAGAGGAAAGCGAAAAGGAAACUUCUGCUGCCCGUUGUGGGGGAGGGCGACGGCUCAAAAGCAUCCUUUCAGCCAAAAACGGAAUGUGCAAACAGUGAACAAUCACAACACUCGGAAAGCAAAGACUCCACGGGUUUUCCGACACGUGUAGCCGUGUGUUUCGAUGGCAAAAAAUUUACCUGUGGCUUGGAAAAAUGUGGAAGGACAUUCAGCAAAGCCAGAGAUAUUCAAAAGCACUUAAAUAUUGUCCACCCCAACCAGUUGAGAAAGGAAAAUCCAGUAUGCAGAACGGUGGAAAACGAAAAGCAGUUAAAGGCUAAACCGGUAAAGGAGCCCGAUGGUCAAGAGAAAGGGCUUGCAAAAGGAUGUAGUCAAGAACAAGCUACAGAUGCUGCACUCUGUGAUAAAACACUUUCAACACCAAGUAGCCCUGCAUGUCUCAGCGGAAUGACUGGCGCUUUGACUGAAAUUGUCUUGGGGCUUAAUCAGCUAAGUCUUAAUAGUACCAUGACUAGACAAGUAAAUCAGAGUUUACACGCUUCAGGAUCGAAAGCGCCCCCGGUGACCUGCUCUAAAACUGCGAACGCUAUAACGCAAACCAAAGUAACGGCGAACAAGUCCGAGAUCGGGUCCUACCAAGCAGCUGCUGAUUUGAUGAGAAAGGAGGUAAAGGUAGAAUCCCUAUCUAUACCGGUUAAGGGUCUUUCUUCCAACCCCGACAAACCAGACAACAAUCUGCACAUAAUUAAACCUUUUGCUUGUGAAGUCGAAGGCUGCUUCUACAAAAGUGUUACAAGUCAUGCUCUGGUGCAGCACUACGUCAAAAAGCAUAACUACACCGACGAGACGGUGAAACAGAUGGACAUUUUUAACCCGCUCAAGUUCAAGCCUUUUAAAUGCCACCUAUGCUUUCGCGGAUACAAAGAAAAGAAAGAGUUGAAGUCCCAUUUGAUUCUGAAACAUAAUAUGAGCAAAGACAUGGCAGAGAAAAUUCUGUGUUCUUUGGCUGUAUUGGUGGAUCACUUCCCACCUUCAGCACUGAAGACCAAAGAGUUCUUUAUUGACCAAAAGGACGCACCUACCGGGCUUCUAAAUGGAGACCAUUAUGCCUGGAAUGUCAAAACUGAGAGAAUUAAUGGCAGCAUUAUGCCUAGACACAAGAGUGAAAACAACGGUUUGUCGUCACAAAAGGGCACCUACGUGGGCAAAAUACGUGUAGUAAAAUCCAACAGAAGGGUUAGUACACGUUUGAGGAGAAAGCUGAAGAUCGACGAAGACAAAACCUAUUGUUGUUUACACAAGGGCUGUGGCGCUGGCUUUUCGAAGAAGUUCAACCUUCUGCAUCACCUACAGACCGUGCAUUCCUACCGCUCCAAUCUUUGUUGGCAGAAGACUUUCCCUUGUAAGCAUGAAGGGUGUAAUAAGCAGUUUAACCACGUGUCGAGUCUGAACAGGCAUUACCGCAAAGACCAUCCGGUAACCGAGGAUCCCAUUCCGAGAUUCAAGUGUACCUUUCCCAAAUGCAAUGCCACCUACCACCUGAAGAGCAGCCUCCUGCGCCACACCAAUCUGAACCACCAGCAUCAGACUCAACCGAAGUCCACGGCUCCGACUUCUAUCGACAAGUUCAAAAACGUAUACAAGCACUUUGGUAGCUCUGGUCCUCUGGUGGUACGGCUACAAAAUACACACAAGAGAGAGACCUCUAAUAGUGGCUGCCAAAAAAAACUGAUCAUUACCUCCAGUUCUCAGUCCAAAAGGCAGUCUUUAAGAUGCCACCCUAAAGCUGAGGAGGAUGUUGAACACGAUGUGGAAACCACAGAGAAGAAACCAGGUGUCAAAAGUAUAACACCAAAGAAAACAAAAGGCAAGUCUGGAUACCGAACACCCGAGGAGGCUUUGCAGAUGUGUCAGGACCGUUGUUUACCAGAGGCUUACCCGUGCAUGGUUCAAAGCUGCAAUUCUGUGGUAUCUAGCAAGCGCAGCCUACAACGACAUUAUAUAAAGUGUCACAGAAUGCUUAACACCAAAGUGAGAAAGAAUAAAGACACCCUGUUUUAUACCGCAGAACAACUUGAAGAACUGAUACAAAAGAAAUCAGCGGUAUCUGCUUUGCCAGACCGGGCCCCUAAUGGAGUCCUCAAAAUGGAGUAUCAAGCCGAGACUGAGAACUCCGGCACGCCACACAUUCCCAUGAGCCUCCAUUCGGUCAACACCGAAAAAGUGAACCAAACCACGGCUUACUCGAGGGACACCAGUGCAAACUGCAGCGUAAUAAUCGGCACGGACGACCUGCUUUUUGGGAAGUCCAAUGGCCAAGCUGACACAGAGGAGCGAACAAAAACAGAGUCCCCUACUCCUCCACUUGUGCCCCCUCCACCCCUCGACCUUUCUCCACCAUCUACCCUGAAAAUAAAUGUCAACAAUACAUCACUGGACGUUACAAACAGAGAGAGCAAGACUGUCGGUGUUCCUGCCACCGUCUAUAUACACACAAAUGCUUCCUUGAUGCGUCAGCCUCUAUGGGGGAAAAUUUCAGAACUUUCUGAGCCAUUACCUUCCACACCUCAAAAAGACACUAACCUGGGUCAACGCGCGUUUGACAUGGCGACUUACAAGCCGCUGGGUUUCGAGUCCUCGUUUUUAAAAUUCAUCCAGGAGAACGAAGAGAAAUCUCAAUUCGACCCUGUGCGGACAGUGGCGGUUUUAAACCCAUGCUUCAAACCCGGCGUCGCUCGCCGACACGAGUCCUUCCGACACAACAACUCCGUCAAGGAGAACAACCUGAGAAAAUCCGCCAUCCGCCACAGUCGGAUGUCACACUUGUCCCCGCUUAAGUCUUUGCUUUCUAAAGAAGAAUGCAGUUCUAUCCAAAACCUGCGUUUUAUCCUGGAAAGAGCGUUAAUGGGCUGUGGUGACCAGGCAAUAAAGCAGCUUCAGUUCCUCAAGCCCGUGGUGGUCCUAGAACGACCCAAGUCAUCUGCUUCCCUGCUUGAUCUUCUUCCCUCUGAAACACAAGCGUAAACUGCACAAACCGCUACUUAGUCAUGUAGAGUUUUCAACUCAUGGUUUAUUUUUUUCCCUUUGUUUUUUUUUUUUUUGGUGAUCCAAAAUACUUCCACAGUAUUUUUUUUUUUAUGAUCAUUAUUACAAACUGGUUAUUUGCCAAACUGCAGAGGAUGAUGUACCAUGUUUGCUUACCAGUCACAUGUUUGUAUGUGUUCGAAGAGCAAAUAAAAAGAUCUGGGAAUUAAA